AAUUCUCAACAAAUACAAUAAACAAACAUAUAGCCGUUGGCUUUUAAGUCAACUUUGGCUAGACCAGAAGAUCGCGGUCUUGAUGAUGGAGAAAAAUGAGUUUAAUGAUGAUCGAACAGCUCUGAUCUUUCUGGGAACAGGCUGCUCCGGCGCAGUUCCCGAUUUCAGAUGCUUACUCCAGCCGUCGGAUCCUCCUUGCCAUGUCUGUUCUCAGUCCCUCUCUUUACUACCUCACCUUAACCCUAAUUACAGAUGCAAUACAUCGCUCUUGAUCGAUUAUUGCUGCGAGGAAGAAGAUGGGAGACAUUAUUACAUACUUAUUGAUGUUGGGAAGAGUUUUAGAGAGCAAGUGCUUCGUUGGUUUACCUGCUACAAGAUUCCCCGGAUCGAUUCUAUCAUUCUAACUCAUGAGCACGCGGACGCAAUUCUUGGCCUAGAUGAUAUUCGAUCUAUUCAACCGCGCGGUUCAGCCAUUGACACCAAUCCUCUUCCCGUCUUUCUCUCUCAAUUUACAAUGAAAAGCAUUUCUACGAGGUUUCCUUAUUUGGUUGAAAAGAAGGUUAAAGCAGUACCUAGGCGGGUUUCACAGCUUGACUGGAGCGUCAUCGAAGAGAAUUGUGACAAACCAUUCAUUGCCUCUGGCUUAUCUUUCACGCCUCUACCAGUGAUGCAUGGAGAGGAUUACAUUGCUUUAGGUUUCCUUUUUGGCGAAAAAAGUAAAGUGGCUUAUAUAUCAGAUGUAUCACGCAUCCCACCUAGUACUGAGUAUGCUAUUUCUAAAGCCGGUGCUGGACAGUUAGAUCUUCUUAUACUGGAUACAAAUAUACCAUUUAAGAGAGGACUACAGCCCACACACAUCUGUUUUCCUGAGGCUCUUGAGAUCUUAAAGAGGCUCUCUCCAAAGAGAGCCUUUUUAACGGGUAUGACACACGAUUAUGAUCACCAUGAAUACAAUGAGAUGCUUGCGGAAUGGUCUCUAAGGGAAGGAAUCCAUGUACAGCUUGCUCACGAUGGAUUAAGACUUCCAAUAAACCUAUGAGCAAAUUGCUAAAUCCCAAAGUUACAAAAAAGGAGCCACUAGCUAGUCUCAGAAUUCUUGUUAGUGACAAAAUUUUCAAAAUCUGUAUUGAAUUACAAAAAUGAUAUCUCUGUUUCUUUACUUUUUAUGGGAAUGGUUCGAAAUC